UAGGUUGGAAUGGAGGAGGCAGCUGAACCAUAAAACUCUGAACCUAGUAGAAGAAGAAAGUGAAGCUUAUUAGAAAAUGGGAAGGAGCCCUUGCUGUGAUGAGAGUGGCCUGAAAAAGGGACCUUGGACCCCUGAGGAAGACCAAAAGCUCAUCAAACAUAUCCAAAACCACGGCCAUGGCAGCUGGAGAGCCCUCCCCAAACUCGCCGGGCUUAAUCGAUGUGGGAAAAGCUGCAGAUUGAGGUGGACAAACUACCUGAGGCCAGAUAUAAAAAGGGGCAAAUUCUCUCAAGAAGAAGAGCAAACCAUUCUCAAUCUCCAUUCCGUCCUUGGAAACAAGUGGUCAGCAAUUGCAAGCCACCUACCUGGACGAACAGAUAACGAGAUCAAGAAUUUUUGGAACACCCACUUGAAGAAAAAGCUAAUUCAGAUGGGUUUCGAUCCAAUGACCCACCGGCCUCGAACCGACAUAUUUUCGAGUUUGCCACACAUCAUAGCCUUGGCCAGUCUUAAAGAACUCAUGGAGAAUCCCUCAUGGGAAGAACAGGCAUUGAGAUUGCAAGCAGAAGCUCUUCAAAUGGCUAAGUUUCAAUACCUUCAAUUCCUCCUUCAACCACCUCCCACCACAUCUUCCUUAACCAAUACUACUACUAAUAAUAAUCCCACUGAAAUUGAAAUCAUGAACUUAAUCAACUCUCUCUUCGAAAACCAAAUGACCACUCCAAAUACUAAUACUCCUCUCACCGCACCAACCACUCUCCAACCACUCGCCACUGACUCGGCUGGUCUCCCCUUUUCCCAUUUGCCCAGCUUGGAGAUAGUUCCAAAUACCACAAACACUUACGAAACCCUGCCCUUCAUUGCCAAGGAAAUGUGCGGCCAAAACAAUGAAGUUUCUGGUCCUAAUAAUUGUUCGUGGCAGCUGCCUUCCUCUUCCACCACCCCAUCGCCACCCGCCGUCGAUCCACCGUUGCCGCCCCUGAAUAUUAUUCACGACGGCCCUUCUUCAAACAGCAAUUAUGGGGAUGCAUGUAGCACUUCAAGCUUUGCUGGAUCCUCCGCUUCCAUUUGGCCAGACCACCUCCUCCUUGAAGACGCUUUGUUUCAUGAUAUUCCUUCGCUUUAGA